AUGUCCAUAACGGGGUCUCUUCUCUGCCGGAAAUCCCUCCAAUCAUCAGCUAGAUCCCUACUACCACUCCCGACAUUCCUCGCCCCAUCUGUCUCGGUCCCUUCCAGAGUUGACCGCCGACACAAAUCAUCAGCAUCGACCCCUGGUGCUCCAGAGAAAAAGUCACUAAAGGACAAAUACAACUAUAAUACGUCUAUCGACUUUGACGGAGAGCCUGAUCCUGAUCAUGUACGAUGGAGGAGAGUGACUGCUGCCGACUUGGUGGCAAGAAAAGAGCCACCUACAAGAGUAAAGAUGCUGGUGAGGGACUUUAUAGACGAUAGUCUGUACAACCCAAACUACGGAUACUUUUCCAAAAACGCCACCAUCUUCACUCCUCCCAAAGAGGGAUUUGAUAUCCCGACUUUCAGAGACACGGCCCAUUUCCAGGAAACGGUAGCUGAGGUGUACGAGCGAGAGUACGGGCUGGAACAGACGGAAGGGGCAAAGGGUGGUCUGAGUCGACAAGUCUGGCAUACACCCACUGAGCUCUUCAAGCCGUGGUAUGCGGUCUCACUGAUAUCUGCAAUCAUCCAAUCCUAUAAACUCUACCACUUUCCGUCCGAGCCCCUUGUCAUCUACGAAGUCGGUGCCGGUAAUGGCUCGUUCAUGGUCGACGCCAUGAGGUACAUCAAGGAAAACCAUCCCGAAAUCUACCCCAAGACUAGUUACCGCAUCAUCGAAAUCAGUGCUGCUUUGGCCAAGGGUCAAAAGGAGCGCGCCGAGAAGGAAGGGUUUGGGAGCAAGGUGCAGGUGUUGAACCGCGACUUUUUCAAGUGGGAAGGAGUCAGCAACGGGGAGCAGCCGUGCUAUGUCGUCGCCCUUGAAGUGUUUGACAACCUCGCACACGACAUGGUGCGAUAUGAGCUUGAUACGCUCGAACCUCGCCAAGCAGUCGUCGGCAUCGAUGCCUCGGGCGAAUUCUCUUUGCUGUAUGAGCCAGUCCACGACCCCCUCAUCAACCGCGUCCUCUCAUACCGCCGUCUCCUCCCUCCUUCACCAGCCACCUCCCCUCCCUUGGCCAAACCACUGCUCGUCUCUGAAUCUCUACGAAAGCUCUACACCUCGUUACCUUUCGCGCCCAACAUGUCUGCGCCAGACUUUUUGCCGACCAAGGCUGUACUCUUUGCUGAGAAGCUACGAGAAAAGCUGCCAGGUCACAGGUUGUUGAUGGCGGACUUUGAUGAGCUACCGGAAGCUGUUGAAGGCAGAAAUGGGCCGGUAGUGCAGACGAGGUACGGGAACAGUAUGGUUCCUUGUGAGACGUUCUUGGUCAAGCAGGGCUACUUUGACAUCUUCUUCCCUACCGACUUUGAACACUUCCGAGACCUCUACAGCGUCAUCAUGAAUUCGCCCUCCGUAUCAGCUCCCCAACCACCCCCUCCCUCCGCAUUCAACCCUGCCUCCAAGAUUUCGCGCGACUUUUUCUCCCACUCCUCCGGCGUGAAGGGGUUCAGACGGCGUAAUGUCGGAAUCUAUACGCACGCAGAGUUCCUAGAGAAGUAUGGUGGGAAGGACGUCCUGGACAAGACGAGGGUGAGAGAUGGCGGGAAUGUGAUGACGGGGAUGUACGCGAAUGCGAAGAUGCUGUUCUAG